CUCUGUAGUUGAGUCUGGAAGGGGAGGCAGAGAGCUGGGGUUGUUGCAUCAAUGGGAGAGGCUGGAGAUUCAACAGAAAGGCCAGUGUCCGUGGCGGUGUGUGCGGGCUGCAGGCUGCAGAUUCGGGACCCCAUCAUCCUGCAUGUGUCCCCCGAUUUGGACUGGCACGCGUCCUGCCUGCGCUGCUCAGAGUGCCAUUGCAGACUGGAGGACAGGGACAGCUGCUUCCUGAGAGACGGCAGGACAUUCUGCAGAGAGGACUACCUCAGGAUGUUCGCGGUGAGGUGUGCCCAGUGCGGGGAGCCCGUCCUCUCCUCGGACCUGGUGCUGAAGGCCAGGGGGCGUGUCUAUCACCGACACUGCUUUCGCUGCGUGGUCUGUGCUCGGCAGCUCUUGCCUGGGGACCAGUUCACUCUGCAGCCAGGGGGGCUGCACUGCCAGACUGAGCAGCUGAUCUCCGAGAGCCCAGAGGAGGAGCUGGGGGACUCUGGCAGCCCACAGCCAGGGCUAACAGGGAGCCCGUGCGAGGGUCGAGCGCUCAGCGGAGGGGAGAGGCUGGCCCGUGUGCGCACCGUCCUGAGUGAGCCCCAGCUGCUGGCACUGCGGUCCUGCUACGCAAUGAACCCGCGGCCUGACGCGCUGGCCAAGGAGCAGCUGGUCAAGGUGACCGGCCUCAGCCACCGCGUCGUCCGCGUCUGGUUCCAGAACAAGCGGUGUAAGGACAAGAAGAGGACGCUGCUUCUGGCCAGGCAAGGGCCACUCACCCCCCGAGACAACACGACUCUGCAGGGUGUGAGUGCCACUCUGCUGGUGGCUUCGAGCCCGGAGCCCCAAGAUGCCACCCUCCCGCGCAGCCCUCUCAGGGUGGAACGCUAUGAGUCGCCGUGGCAGCGGCUCAGCGGCCUGCCGCUGCUGUCGGAGGAGCAGGAGACACUGUUUCUGAAGCUGGUCAGCUUCUCAAAAGAAUGGGCUGAUUCAAAUUCGCCACCUAGAGGCACCAGCAUAAACUACACUAUCAUAAGCCAGGCAGCCAACCAAUCACAACCGCAGUUCAUCCAGCCCUGAGGAUACCAUAGCGUACAUUCCGGAAACAGCUGUAACUUCUGUUCUCAUUGAGAUGCAAAGCUAAGGGCGAUGGUGGAUUCCACUGCGUUUCCAAAUGGACCGGUCAGUUAAACUGAGCCACACAGCACCACUGUCCUGAAUUACACCCACGUGGCUAUAUCCGCCUCCACCAUCAUCACUUUGUUUCAAAAUACAAAAACCCUGUCGCUGUAUUCACAAUGCAUUCUGUUUGCAGUCUUUUUUUUUAUGGAUUCAUUCUACAAUCAAAAUGAAUGAUUUUGAAUUGAAUCCAUAGUGUUUCGAUUUGGAAAUGCAUUCGUAUAUGAGCGUGAUAUUAAACAUGUAAAAGCACAGCGCUCGGGCUGUCGAAAUGUGACUGAUAAUGACUGAAACGCGCUUAGCAUUACUGAACUUGUUAAUUGUUUGAAUGAAUUCAAUGUUAUUACAUAAAUACUGUAAUGCAUGGCAUGUCAUUUAUCUGCAUUAUUAUGGAGCAUUAAAAAUAAUUACUGCCAUUUUGUCUUGUGUGGGCAUCUUAGAAGUUGCUGCUGCUGUUUUAGUUCACGCACUUUCUGUGUGUAAAAUAAAGAUGCAUUUAAGAGGGCGCAGUUUUGUAACAUUGAGCAGUCGAAUUAGCCUCCUUAUACACAG